AUGGCUCAGAAUUACUGCAGGGUGAUGUACACUGACAUGGCAACAAUCGUAACCGAUGAUGAUUGGUUACGACUAAACAAAGAAGCAGUAAGAAAAGGCUUCAUGUCUUACACCUGGAUUGGAUUGUACAAUGAUGUCAAUAGCUGGCGCUGGUCCUUAAACGAGCUCCCACUGAAGAAUGUCAUUUAUACCAACUGGUACUCUGGACAGCCUGAUAAUUAUGCUGGGAAAGAAUCAUGUGGUGUAAUUCGUGGAUAUGGAACCUGGACAGAUGCUUCAUGUGAAGGUCUAAGACCCUUUAUAUGUUACAAUGCUAAUUUCAGUGGUGCUUCCAGGUUCAUCGGCAUCACUAGUCCUUAUCUGACCUGGCCUGAUGCUCAGGCUUACUGCCGAACACAUCACACAGACUUGGCCAGCUCUCUUAACAGCUCAGAUAACAACGUCCUUUUGCAGCUGAGGGACAUCCAGGGUGAUUCCUGGUUUGGACUCUACAGAGAUACAUGGAAGUGGUCAGAUGGGACCAUCGCUUCAAAGCUACCAUGGACUUCUGGAGAACCUGAUAAUUAUCUUGUCAUUGAGAACUGUGCAUCACAUAUUAACAAAGUGUUUAAUGAUUAUUUAUGCAGCCAGCCAGCCUACUUCUACUGUCACACCAAUAAAGCAGAAACUGGAGGAACAUGGCAUGAUGGAGAACACCACAGUGACCUGGAGGGUGCAGCCAGAUGGAAACGUCUUCAAAAAGAAAAACAAAGAUGA